UAUAAUAUAUAUUUAUACACUUAGAUUAUUUAUAAAUGUACAGUGGUUGGAUAUCAGAAAGGCGUUCAGUAGAAGAUGAAUGUGGUUGUUCUAGUGUUUUAAAUAGCUAUCCCCAAAAUGUUGGGCGAGACGUCACGUCCUCAAUCAUUCGUAGUUUAGUUUUGUUACCUAAUGAUAAAAAGGGUUUUUUCAAAACAACAAAAGAUCUUGAGUGGACUAUGGAUGUAAUAUGUUAUGGUUUAACAAUGUCCUUAGCAGAAGCAGAAAUGAUCAAAAAUUGUGUUUUUUUAUAUUUAGAGUGGAUUACUGUGAUGUUGCUAAAACCAAAACCUGGAAUACCUGUUCAAAUUAUUGAAAAUAAAGAACAUUAUUUUUCGGUGAUGUUAAAACAUAUGGCAAAUUUAUUUAUUCCACGUGAAAGCUCUGCAACUUUUGUCCAAGCUUCAUUUUGUGUGAAAGUUUUACAAAAUGUUCGAGAAAUUGUUGAGGAAGGUCAUCUUAAAAAGGCCUCUCUUGAAAAUGUAUUGCGAUUUUAUUUAGGAGUAUCUGGCCACUUAUUAUCUGUUCCACCAGUGCAAGGUGGUCUUGCAGAGCAAUUAUGUGGAAAACUAAUUAACUGUCUUUUAAAUGUUUGGCUUCAUGCUUGUUGUAAUAAUUUUCCAUCACCUCCACUUUGGUGUACUCUUGCAGAAAUGGUUUUAACAUGGAGACAUCAUCAUAUGCUCAUUUUACAAUGGAACAAAUUGAUGUUUUCACUUACAUGUAAAGUCCUUAUGAUUUUAUAUGGGCCUGAUUAUCCUUUACCUAGUUCUUAUAAUGAUGAAGAUCCAAAGUCAGAGCCAGUUAACCUGCCAUCAAACAUGUCAAACGAAGUAGUGGUGCAGUGUUGGCACAGAUUUAUGCAUAUUAUUGGCAAUCCAGUUGAUCUAUGUAAGUAUGAAGAAAUCAGCAAUACUGAGCAAUUCAGACUAUACAACUCUCAGUUUGAUAGAUUACCAGAAUUACAUCCAUCAUUAAAAUCACUACCUGAUAGUUUUUAUAAUAUUAUGAAUGGUAUAUCUGUUAUGGUUAGCAUGUUUUUGGGUGCAUCUAAGUGUAAUGACCAAAUAAAAUCUCCGCAGACUUUCUAUAGAGGAGAGAGAAAAUUAACAAGUAUCAGUGUUAGUGAAAAGCAAGUUGGCCUCAAAGACACAAAAAAAUCUUCAAGUUUACCUAGAUACUUUGAAAAGUCUAACUUAGCUAAGCUUGUGCGUGAUGACAUUAAUAUACAAUCAAAGCAAAGUAAAAGGAAUGUGGAAUGUGUGGUUGAUACAAAUUCAGUUUUACAUAUAUUUAGUGCAUGGUUGUUUGAAACAUGCUUGACUGGCAUCGACUUAGAAAAAGUGCUGCAUACAGUUGGAAAGAUAAGUCUUGGAUUGCCUUUGAGUUGUCUUGAAAUGAGCAAAGAUGACAAAGAGCAACACCGAAAUUUCUUGCCUGUAAAAAAAAAUGACUUUGAGCCUGGCAGAGCGCAAACAUUCUGCACUCUUUGUCAUAUAUUUUGUCGUCAAAAAGCAGUGGGUCAAGCUAUUCUUCCUGUUUACUUAUCUAGAUUCUAUUUAUGUCUGGCUGUUGGUCUUUGUUAUGGAGAGACUCGUGCUGGGAUGGUAUUAGGAAGCAUCUUACUUUCAGCAAAAGAUUUAUUCAAGUUAGACUUGCAAGGAGUUCAAGUGUUGGUACCUCAUGUAUUGCAAGCCUUAGAAAUAGUACUCCCUGUACCUGAUUCAGAGCUAGCUCUAGGAUAUGAUUUCUCUAUUGUUGAGCUGCGUCAGUCUUGCAUUCAGAUCCUUCUUUCGAUGAUAUGCUUACCAUUGCACUUUAUGUCAUUGCCUAUACAAGCUUUAUGUCAAGAAAAAGUUAAUAGUUCUGAUACAGCCAACAGCCAUUUUCCCCAAAUUGCUUUCAUUUCUUUGCAUCCGCGAGUCACAAGGCUAUUAGUUAAAGCUAUUGAAGUGGAAACAAAUCCGAUGAACACUCAAAUGCUCCUCGGAGGUGCAAAAUUAUUGAUGGAAGAUGCCAUGCAAGUUGAACUGCAUAAUCAUGAACUCUAUAGCUCUAAAGCAAAAACCAUUCCAUCUAUUAUUUUAGAUGAGCCCGAGACUUCUGGUACUUCAAAACUUAUUGAUUUAGCUGAAUCUACAAACAAUGAUGCAACAACUACUGAAGAUAAUAUUGGGUUGUUAGGAGAUUCUAGUGAUAUUAUGACAACCAAAGGAUUAUUUUGCUCCAUGUCAGAUCUUUUGUGUCAAAAAUUGAUGUUUGCUGGAAAAUGGAGAGGUGACCUUGCUGUAACAUUAGCUGCUUUAGAGUUUUUAUCUGGCAUGGCACAACUUAAUAUAAAGUUUGUAGAUAAAAAAGUUGCAAGAAAAACAUUGAAAUGGCUUUGUGAUUACAUAGAGUUUCAAGCUAAGCAACCUCCUCCAUCACAUUCUAAAGAUUUACAUUCAGUUAUAGUUGCAACAUUUUCUUGCAUUAGUGUGUGGGUUGUUAGUCACUCUUGGCUUCUUGAUGAUAAUCAAUGUCUUACUUCAGUCAUGGAGGUGAUUGAGUUAGGAAUUUCAGGGAAUAAAUCAAAAGGUCGGUUUGCAGAAGUAACUAAUGUAUUAAAAGGGGAUAAAGAAUUGAAACCAGUUUCAUUCAGAGUUCGUGAAUCAGCUGAAGCACUACUUGCAUUAAUAAUGGAACAUGCUGGUUUUUUUCCAACACCUUGUGGUCCUGAAUCAAUGUUUACUUUAAUGGAUGAGAAAGACUUUUGUACUGAAAAUGAUCGUAAAUUUAAUUACUAUGCAUUGGAUGGUUCAUUAAUCAUAGGACUUUUGGAAGAUGGUCUACACAGUUUGCCAGAAUCACUGCCUUCUGUUAUGUCUAUUAUACGAGGUCCAACUGGGAAGAGAGUGUGUUUAUUGCAACUUCGCCAUUUUUCACGUGUUAAACAAUACAUAGCUGAAAUGUAUACUACUGAGCCUUCCACUCCAUAUGGGCUACAUAAAAUACCAGAAGCACCACCAGUAUCACAGCGGUGUUAUCCUCCUGGAAUGGAUUCUGCAGAAACUACAAAAUCAAACUUUAGCAUACCAGAAAUAAAAGAUCUUUUAAAAAAUGAAAAGCAAAUGGCAGAAAAUGAACAUUUACGAAGUAUAUUGUCUUUACAGAUUGACCAAGAAAAUAAAGCAAAAAGUAAACUUUUAGAUGACAUCAAUGGAAGUAUUCCUCAAAAGCAACCUGAUUCUGUUAAAGACAUUAACAUUGGGCGAUUGAUUUUAUCUCACCUUGGUUUCCUCAAUUUGGAAAAUCUGCAAAUAUCAACUACGCGACAAGUAUAUGGAUUACAAAAGUUAGUUAAUACCGAAGAAAAAUGUUUGUUGAACAAGUUGGAAAAGUUGGAUGCAUAUCCUUGUCGCACUUUUGACACAAUGUUUGUUUUUUAUGUGAAAAAAGGCCAAAAUGAUCCAAUUAGCAUACUGUCAAACAAAAUUACUUCAAUUGACAGCCAUUUUUUCAUGGAAUUUCUACAAUCACUUGGUUGGCCAGUAAGCAUGAGUACACAUACUGGUUGGAAUGGUGGAUUUGCUCCAAACUUAAGUGCUGAUAAAAAGCUGUAUUAUUAUGCUGACCCAUUAACUGAGCUUGCCAUACAUGUGCCUGCAGUCAACAUAGAUGUGGGUGAAUCAUUUACAUUUGAUGUAGUCGAGAAUUCCAUGGUUUCUCAGCUGUUACCUUCAGUUGAACUAAAUUCAGAGGAACAUUCAGUUAUUGAAGGUAAGAGUUCAAAAAAGCAAUCAGUCUUUGAAUCAACAGGUGGUUUUGAUAUAAAGCAUCGUUCACACCACUGUCAUUCUGAAACUAAAGUAGUGGUUGCUUGGCUGCAAGAGUUUGCCGAUGAAGCACUAUUUCCGGCCUUAGACUUAAUUGAACUUUCUGACCCUCAUGAGAAUUCUUAUUCAACAGCAAAUAUUAAUUACAGUCGAGUUCCAGAAAAAGAAGUUGUAAUAAUAUUUGUGCAUCCUCUCAAAACAGGAUUAUAUCGUAUUAAAAUAAAUGCUCUUUUUGGUUCAUCUGUUGGAGGACCUCUUAUUAGUGGCAUGGUCGUUAGUAGAAGAGUGCUAGGUUCAAUGGUUCGAAAUACUGCUAUUAAUAUAUGUCGCAGGCGAAGAUUAGAAUUAGACAGUUGUUCGCCUCCGCACGUUUGUCGCAAAAUAAAGAUACAAGAAAUAAUUCGAGAACACGCGAAAGAAAUGAAUAUUCCUGAUUUUUAUACAGGGUUAUUAAAAGCAUGAAUUGUAAACUCAUCAUAUAUAUAUAUAUAUAUUUUUAUAUUACUUACGUAUUUGUUUUUAUUAUUAUUUUAUUAUUAUUAUUGUUUGCGCUUUUUUUUACCAUGUUUUCAAGUCUUAAUCAACAAAUUGGAUUGUUGGAUAAAAAUUGUUAUCUUUUUUUAUAUAUUUAUUUUUCAGUUGUAUUUAUUUAAUUGUUUUUUGUAAAACCUCUCUAUAUGAAAACAUGCUUAGUUCUUUGAA